AUGAAAAAGCCAAAUUCUAGGGUACUCAUCCAUUCUGUUUCUUUCAUCUUAUUUUGUUCGUGCUAUCACGCAUGACUGUGACAAUUCUUAUUACAACAAUUUAUUCGUCGUACGACUCGAGAGUGGGUCAAUUUCUAAGGCCAGAACGGCUCGAUGGAAUCUAAAUACAUCAGACGUCUCCAGAUGACAGAGCCACUGGUUUACACGUUUGAUAGUUUCAUGGCCACGAUUGAAGUCUGCAACCGAAUAAAUUUAACGCUUUGACUAAUUAUAUUUCUCCGACAGUUUGAAAAUGCGUUAGUGAAUGCAACAGUUAAGAAAAAGCUGUUGGGUUGCCGCGAGACCUCUACCCAGGAUCUAAUAAAAUCUUUGCUGCCUACUUUCCGGCGACCUCCAGACAAUAAGGCGGACACUCCCUCGGCCAGUUUAUCGGAAGCUAACGUCUUUAGGUAAAUGGUGUGAUUUCAAAGCUGUUGUGAAGGAUCGGAAUCGUGAUAGUGCCAUCAGAGACGCCUUAAUCAGUAGCCUUCAGCCAAAUCAGAUUCGGCAGAGGUUUUUUUUAAGAAGGCUUGGAGCUCCCAAACUGCUUUUCAACAGGCAAGGUCACUGGGAUUCGCAGAAAGACAGUCUCCAUCUUAUCUGUGGACGAUUAUUGUUGAAUAUCCUCAUUUUUCAUUCGCAUCUGCCUAUUCUGAUCAGUCUGCCGAAACUGUCAUUACCUGCUAUUCUACCAUACACCCGCACCGAUCGGGAGUCGUCAUUUAUGUCAGACGACGUGCAGCAAUUCCUUCGGUAUAAGGGGGUGGCGACUAGUAGGACAACCCCGUACAAUUGCCAUGGAAGCGAGCAGGUAGAGAGUUUGAGCCAAACGUUAUUCAAGACUAUCUUGCUUCCUAUAAAACCUCAGUUUGCCUGUCAUGCUCUGAGAAUCCCUUCUCUUGGCUUCCAUGCACUCAGUCCGGUCACUUUCAUGCACCGCCACUUAUGCAGCACCACAUAAGAGAAUGCUUGUUUACAAUUAAAGGUCAACCAGUUAGAUCACUCUCCCUACAAUCAGUGACCGAUCUCAUGAAACGUUAACCGAGGUCCCGAGAACUACUUGGGUAGGGUUGCAACAUUAGUAAUCGUGCGGCAUAAUCCGAUGAUAUUUCAAACACCCCAGGAUACUGGUUUUUGCACUUUUUUCGUUCGCCUGCAAAAACCGCACUCGGUGAAAGUGGUUACUGAAGUAGGGUGGUUGUCUUCUAUUGAUUUUCGAUGCCCUCAUGCAUUCCAAUAUAUUUUAUAGAAAAUAUGCGCAAAAUAUUCUUUCUUAUACCCUUUUUUGGUAGCAAAUCAAUUAGUUUUAACAUUUUUACCAAAAGAAGGGUAUAUUUAGGUUUUUAAAAUCUUAAUUUCCGAAUACUUUUGAGCCGUAUUUGUCGUUUCAUUUGCAUUUAGGAUGUUAAGUCCGCAUACUUUUCUUAUAUGGAAAGUUAUGCAUUUUUCCUUAUAGCGCUCAUAAAAUUUUGCUAUGGAUGUGGACUAUGUUGCAUACUUCAUGAGAAUAUGAUGCUGCAUGAAUUGCCGGGGAGCAGUCUUAAAAAUCUCGCGUUUAUAAACCUUUUUUAAACCUAAAUAUGCCGUUCCAUUUUGAAUAUAAAAUUCGAGAACAAAGUGAUUUCCCACCAAAUGUGCACGAAAAAGAAUAUUUUGCACAUGUUUCCAUGAAAUAUACUUGAAUUCAUAAGUGCUGUAGCUAGAACCCUAGCAAACACGCGAGAGGGAGAGCACGAACAAAAGGGAAUGCAGGAAUCAGAAUGAUCACCCUAUAAUAGGGCCUUGUUUAUCCCUGCAAUUGACGUACGGGAAUUAAAACUAGGAAUAGAACAUUGGUUGGUAAAAUGGAACUUCACCAGGGCAUGAGUUAGCAUAACAAUAAGGACAUCGUGAAAUCUAUAGAAACAAUCGCACUUCUUACGUAGUCAUCUUCUACCGUGUGCAGUUUUCACAGGAGGCGGGAAUGGAAUGCAUUCACAAGCCAGAAUCCUGUUUUGUCUCAAAUAUCUUGGGGUUAUACUGCACGGUAGUUAAUGUUGCAAACCACUUAAGUAAUCCUUCUUAGUCGUAGAGCCACUCCAGAAUUCGGUUAAAAUUUCAGUAGAUUGGUCAGUGACGGUAUAUGGCCCACUCCUCUUGGCCCAUUUCUACUGAAGAAGAGCAGCUAGUAGUCUUAAUUUGAUCCACUUGUUGAGGGGGUCGAUCUGCUUCGGUGGAACCCUCAACAUGCUCGCAUAUGACUUGAUAAUGCUGAGAAGAAACCGUAUCUGACUGACUGCUUGCUUCCAGAGGAGAAAAGAUGUCGUAAUGCCAUUCUGCCUGUAUCGUGCGCCGCUGUGCGGCUGCUGGUUGGGCUCGAGAAAGAACCCGUAAGGCACAACGGGACGAGUGAGUUCCUUAAGAACGAUCGAUGGGCGCCUCUGCCAUUUUAUAUUCCCGAUCGCAAACCGACAGGACAACGGGCUCGUGGCCCAGUGGCUAGAGGCGUGGACUUCUAACUAACAGGUCGCGAGUUCGAGCCUCGGGUGUUCCACACAUCGGGGUUGGGUAUAACUGGCUGACGACGGCUAACAAGCUAGAAGUGACCAUUCCAGUCUCCCUUGUCGGUAAUUCUCAUCAAGCGACGCCCACACCCUUACUCGAAGAUCUCAUUCCGUUUUCCCAGGCUACCCACCCAUCACUGAGCAGGAAAGCCACACCAGUUCAGUUGACAAACAGAAUACAAAAUCUGUUAGCGUCCAUGGCGGUGGCGGUGUCCGUAUGCAUAACUUAGGACAUUGAUUGAACAACAACAACAACGACCGCGUUAAUCCCUACUGCCUUCGCAACAGAGACGUUUAGCAUUUGUCCCGUGCAACCUCCCCUCCAGAUCUGUCGAGACCCUGAUCCCUCUAUUUGUUGGUCGGGAAGGCGAGUUCAAUUUCGACGCCAUCUCUGACUGAGCGUGCGCUAUCGCCAUGGACAAACACAAUCAUAGCAUACCUCAAGAGAAUUUACCGUUUGGGAGUGGAACUUCAACUGGACAACGGUCUUCGAAGGCCUGGCCAUCGGUCGUACCGAAUACGAUGCGCUGGUCCGUGACGCUUUGGACCCUAGCAUACUAGGCUAGUAUUGUUUUUAACCAACACAAGUAACACGAGCAGGCAUCAGCAUGACUUUCAUCUUGAGACUUAUCUUGUCCUGAAAGGACUUAUUGUAUCAUUUACUCUGAUCAGGUUGUCACAGGUUUCUGCUCAUACUUUGAGGAGUUCUCGCCCUGCAUUCGCAUAUUCCUAGCUAGCGCCAUCUGCCACAUGUUGAAUGAUGUUUGAUUUCUCAUCUGAUUCGAUUCUCGAGAAGCCCUCCGUAGCUUCUUUGAGUCUCUUUAACCGUCUCGAUUGACGUCUCUUUACAGCCGUCACUGCCACUGCCGCAUACUCCCUUUAUAAGUUCGGUUUUCUUUUUUCUACGUCGAACAGGCCGGCGGGAUGAGCCGAGAAGGCCAGAGAAAUAACUUGAUGACGGGUUUCAGCCAAAAUCCCCGAGUCUCCUUCAAGGGACCAACGCCGAACCAAGUCAUUCCUCGCCAUGCCUACGUGCCUGCAAUGUCUAAUUCGGACAGUCGAUUACCAGGUAUGACCGUUCUAUACCCUACGGGACUAAAAUUUUCCUUGACACGGACCAACUUAUCACAGUUUUUGUCAUUUCACUUCUUUCUUAGAGGACAGGGAAUUUUUCUGAAGUAAUCUUGUGCGCGAUUUUCAAAUUCACUUUUAUAGAAACUGCAGGCUGAACAUUUCGCACUUUUUAAGUGGAAUGGGAGUUUGGUUACCGUUUUGUGAGAGAUCCUGCGACUAGGACAACGAUCCCGUGGCUCAGUGAUUAGAGUCGUUGAACUCCUACGGGUCGCGGGUUCGAGCCCCAGAUGUCCCACAUUUCGGGAUUGGGUAUGGUUAGCUGACGACGGCUAAUAGGUCAGGAGUGGCUGCGCCAGUCUAUCUUGUCUUUGUCGAUUGUGCCGUUCUGUCUAGAUUUUUAACGUUAUGGGAAAUGGGGGCUUUUAAGCCGCAUAAACGCGCAUAUUAUGACAGCCAUUCGACUACUGCAUAGGUCGGGGAGGUUCGAGUGUAUGACCCCCUUGUUUAGCAGCCAGUUUGGUCUUCUUUCUGGACAAGAUAUGUCGGUGAUUCGAAAAACUUACAACGAACGUUGGCCUGCAUGGUUAAAAGAUUAAAGCAUUUUAUGGUAAAAUGCUUUCAAGCCUCCGAAUGUGAAAAUGGCUUUGAGAAAUAUGAUCAAUCGUAAACAGGGAAGAAAUUGCCCGAUUUCUGUAAUGUAGAAAACAGCCAACAGUGUUUUAUACAGAGGACUUGAUGGGAAGGCCCACUUGCUAUUUACCACUGUCUAGCUUUGUUAUUUAUUCGAACAGUUAUGAGCGAUUUGAAUUUCGAGUAGACAGGAGACGAUCAACAAACACUUAGCCCUACGUGAACCAAGUUGAGGAUGUCGAUGGUUAGAAAAAUAUAGGGGUCAUUUGUGAGCAGAAAGUUGUGUAGGAACGCCGUAGUUUUAGAAUUGGGAUGAAGGGCUAAAUCAUACCAAAACCAAGCAUGGAGCGGGCAUUUUGCUAAAGUAUGUUAAAGGGGAUCCUCAACACCCUUGGAGCAGAACGCUCUAAAUCGUUACCUUUGUCGUUUUAGAGUAAACAUUGUGGACGGAAUUCCUCUACCACUCUUUUUCCAGUCGUCUAUUAAAGUCACGGGGUACUUUUUCCUUGGCGUUUUUCUAACGAGCAUCUGUCGUGUCCGCAGGUCCUGAGAGCACAGAAGUUUGAGCAAUUAUAUAGUACAUGUCUGUCAGAAAAAUUCAGUGUGUAGAUGACAUUGUGGAGCCGGGUGCGUCUGUCUGUCGGUUUGUUGGAAGUUUUACUCCAUUUAUACGUAAUCUCGGUGGACAAUAUGCAUUCCGCGAACGAUGACAUUGAAAAAUCUUUCAGACAUCAGGCUUUCUUAUUUCUAAAGUUAAGAUACCAGAGGUCAUAGGCUUAUUUAUUACUUACUACAAGUUCUUUGUGAGAUAGACCGUACUCUAAACGUUUACGAUAGCGUCUAGUGGCUAGCGCCAGCCGAAAUAUUAAUCUGGCGUUGGCCACAGACGCGCCUCUCCAAGGGGCAUUGGUUGACUGUAUGCCAAUCAGCGAGCGGCCUUUGUACUCCCUACCCGAUGAGUCAUCGUUGGCAGCGGCAGCAGCAACAACAGGCCUGGGUUUGAUCGUGCAUUGGCCUGUCCACACGACCUGUCGGUUAUGGCAAAGGCGCCCACAGACGCCAUCCUUUAAAACGUUGUAUAAAUCGCAGGAAGAUAAACAACGCUUUUAGUUUUAAUGAUCCGAGUGAAACACUGUUCAGUGGACCUAGGGCCUAUCCGUUCGUAGAACGACUUUGCCUGUGGCGUCGCUUUCGCGGCCGACGGUCUAGACUAUUCACCUAUAAUCGGUGGGUUGUCUGUAACGCUCUACUUACCCUUCAGCUCCGCAUAACGCAAACACGGGUUUCCACUUUUCCACGUCAAUCCCAACGAACUUCCAUCGUCCGCUUGAGGCGAUUUCACAGUUUUUGCUUCGCGAACUGACGACAUUCCUUAAAAUAUGACUCGACUACUAAUCCUCCCAAUAAAUCUUUGUAUAAGCCGGCCAGAAAUUACUUUUGAAUUAGUUAAUUCUGCCUUCGAAGCCAACGCAAUACGCUCAGUCACCUUUGUGAUCGCCGUUCAUGAGGUUGUGGGACGGAUUCACGUUGGCACUGAAGAUGCAGUUUUUUUGGAAAGGCGAGUGAAGGUCCAUGAGAGUAACGCGCUUAAAUCAUGUACUGUUUAUUUUUAAAGUAUGUACGACGGUUAAAACGCUAACUUUCACGUUGUUUGAGGACGGUUGGGUGGUCUUAACGUAAUUCCUCUAUACCACGGUAUUCCGUUCAUACCUGUGUCCUUGUUUCGAAGAUUUCUACUACUGCUCACAGCGUAUUGUCAUGCUGCCUAUUCUUACGUGAGUAUCCCAGGAUUACUUGACUAUUCGUCGAUAUUUGAAUGAACGAUGGUGAAUGUCCGAAGUCCAGGUGUGUAUGUAUGGACAAGGAGGGAAAAAACCGGUCGAUCAUCGGGACCAACCCGUGCAGGAUAACAGUCGUAACGUAACAAGUGGCAGUUAUUGGGGUAUCAGCCAAUCAACGACCAGUUCCACAGGUCUGUCGGGGACUGCGCAGGGCCAACGCCAGAUCAAUACGUCGACUGACUGAGUUCUCAUCUGCUCGUACACGAACAUAAACUGACUACGUGACAGGUUGACAAGAUAUCAAGUGUCUACCCACACGAGUUUAACCUCGCAGCCACCAAGAUAACCGCCCACGCGGGGAACAGUGCCUGCCGGAAAUUGACUGAAGCCUGGGGCCUGGAUGCGAACUCAGUCAGUUGAUGUACCGAUCUGGCACCGGUCCCGCGCAGCCAAUCUCAGGCCUACGUCGCUGCUCGUUGAUUGGCUAUUGUUCCCUAUAACCGUCGUUUAUUCUCUUGUCGCUUUUAUCUUUGACGAUGGAUUCCUACAGGAGUUCAAAAGCUCAAAUAAGUAAACAAAUAUUUCCGGUGGUCGACUAGUCUUCUUCCUCUUCCUUAGGGUGGUCGUUGCAUUAAUUCUGUUUGCAUACCCCCUGAAAUAGUCGUUUUAGCGGAUGCUGGGCUGUGCUAGCAGCCUCACAUCAGGUAGUAGUGUUGGCAGAAUAAAAUUCAGAGACUGGAGUGGCCACUUCUGGCUUAAUAGUCGUCAUCGGCCAGCCACACCCAACCCCGGGUUUUGCAGUCCCUGAGGCUCGAUCCCGCGACCCGUUGGUUAGAAGUCUAAAUCUCUUACCACUAAGCCACGGGCCCGGCCUGUCGGUUUCGACCUGGUAUAAUAUAUGUACUAUAGAGGUUACGAACCCUUCUGUCUGUAGACAAUGCAGUAGACUGUGCGUUUUUCGAGACACUUCCACCCCAGAUUUGUUGCACAGAACUACUCAGUUGGCAACAGACCGAAGUUAGCGUUCAGUACCAAGUCACCCAAACGUGGGGUUAAAUAUGGCCAACUGACGACGGCCAAUGAGCCAUCAAUGCCUAUUCCAAUCUCUCUUGACUUUGUCCGUAUUCCAUCCUGCGUCAUAGCUGGUCGAUAUACGACUGCUCUUGAGAAUUAUUGAUUGGAUGCCAGGGGGCAGUGAGACGAGCAUGCCACGUGAACGCCCUCCGCCAUGCUUAAUAUUCCCGAUCCCACCUGACAGAUUACACCCCUAGGUCAAUGGUAGAGUGUCUUAUCUAAUGACACUCGAUGACCAAAAUAUUCGAGUUCCAAUCUCAGGCCAUACAAAUCUGGGGUUGCCUAUGUCUGGCCAUCUUAGUCUUUGUUGGUACUUCUCUGUGCUUGAUUACUGAAGUGCAAAAACUGCUGUUUUUGGCGACAAGGACGUUGGACGCAGAGAAUCUUACGAGUCCUUUCCCAUGUACUCGACGGUUUACCACAGCGCGGUAGCCUUAUAAGUAGCCAGUAGCUCUCCUGUUUACGUUUUUGGUCAAACAUACACUCGUGACUGCCGUUGCCUUGACAAACACCCACAUUACCAACUGUAACUGGGUAGGCUUUGUUAAGACCACAUUUUGGACACGUUGGGCCACCCAAGAACGGGGAAUAGAAUAUGUGCGUCACAUCUGCUCGCCCACGCAAGAUGGAUGAGGGCAUUUCAAUGACUCGUCUGAUGCGUCGUCCCAGACGUCCGCGUCGCACCUGCCACGUAAGUUGGUUUGCGCAUUGGCCAGUCGGAUGCACGUCUUAGUCCAUACCAUGCAUCUCCACUCAGUGUUAUGUAGGGCAGUAGGUUCGAAUCCCGCCGAGGUCCCCGAGUUUGUCACAGUCGGAUCAGAAUGAAAUGAUUUUUUGGGCUUAAUCGUCGAGAGUCCCCAUUACUAAGAUAGCAAGUGAUGUAAUAGCUCGAAUUUCAUUUAUUUUUGUGGAAGAAUUUUCGACUUUCCAGGCACAUAUUUGGGCUCAUCUACCGCCUCGUGAUGCCCAUUGAAACUUAUGCCAUUAGGUCGCAGUGGUUUCACGGUAGUUGGACUAUUUGAGGUCUCAUUUACUGUCAGGUUCAGUUCGUCCUAGCCAUGCCGGCUAUCGAUUUCGGUUAGUAAAUGGCUUGAUUUGCUUAUACCAAUGCGCACCCAUUUUUCGCCCCGUCCAAGAAACCGAGUUUAGUAUUAAACUAAGUGGCUUAAAACUUUUAUUGUGGUGGAUACCGAUGUCCAUAUAUCACCGCUUUAUCAGAUUCUGUGGUUAAGUUAACGGACGCUGCGUCAUAAGCGCCUCCGUUAAGGUGGUUGUUGCGUGACGAUCGAUAAUCCUGCAAAAGUCGCCACUACGUUGGCGCUUUUGUGAGGCAGACAGCUCGCCAAGCGCGUUCGCGUCUGUCCGUAUGUCGCUCAGACUGGGGACGCUGCGAUUGGUUGUAUCGUUUAACGAAUCGUGAGACAGACAGGCGCGAGCGAGAGCCUCUUCAAUUGGUUAAUAUUUGUGUCGCACAAACACACCGCCUUCGCCUCUAAAUGUGCGCUCAUUGCACCGCGCUUGCCUGCGGGCAGCACGAUUAUGACCGUGAAUGGUUGCAACCUUGUUUUCCUGAGAGACUAGUUUAUCGAUUUCAAAGACGUAAAGGACUUUUUGAUUUUCAACUUACACCCGUAAUACCGUCUCCAGGUGCCUUAAUCCAUGUCAACCCAGUCUUGAUCCAUAUUUUAUGGCCGCACACAAUCCAACCGAGGCAGGAAGGUUGUAGCUAGUGUUAAUUGUACUGUGUACAGAUUGGGAAGCGGCAAAAGCAGGCGGAUAGCGUACGAUUUACCUAGCAUAGUUUUUACUUAUACACCAGAUUUUUUCCCAAAUUUGGUUUUCAAUCACUCGGAUUGUUGACCCCUUGCUAGAUCCCACCCAGUGAGUUUGUUAGCUUGUAUCUUGUUAGCCCCCUAUAACGGGCCACGCGGAAGUCUUGCUGGACCAACACGGAGGUCAGAUCAGGAUCCGGCACGCGUUACUGAGCUGUGCUCCCAUCGCAGAUACCAUGUGUGGGAGUGUGGCGGUACUCCUAGGCACAGGUUCCCGCCGCAUCGGCCAUCUGCGCCCGACUCCGUCUCCUGUCUUCACUGUUUUGACAUCGGCGCAGAAGGGCGAGUGCGUCAAAUGCGCCGCAGGUCUUAUCACUAUUAACCAAUUCACGCGCAAGUCACCGUCCUUGUGCCCACUGUUGUGAUGCGCACGGUGGGAAUCGUUGGAUACGACGGUCGAGCUGUCAUAUUGUUCGCGCAUAAAUUUUAGCCCAAAGUCGAUGAUUCAAACUGUCUUCGUUGGCCAGUCAUCGAUCCUUUAGUGGGUUUCAUUACUGACAUCCCUGCAACUAGGUGCUUAUUGCCAAACACAAUGUAAGUGAAAUGGAGUCACCCGGCGAAUGGCCGCGUGGCCUGCCAGCUAAAGCAACAGGUAUCAACAGCUGCUACUGACCUCUUGAAGACUUUCUCUGUCGAGGAGGCAACCGCCUUAAACGAAGCCACCAAUACCCAUCUAUUUCUUAAAUUUAGAACGUGGUCCUCUUACCUUAAAGGCAGCUUUCGUUUUUGUAAAUGUCGGACUUUCACUCCGUACGCAUUACAAAGUGAUCACUCACUACACGACCAAAACUGACUUUUCGCUGAAAAAUUUCGGUCGUUUCUACCGCUUCAUUGUCCAGCAGGUUUGCAUCCUAAGUCAGUUUGGGUGAAGUGUCAACCGUUUACGGGCGGCGUUUAUUCGGGUCUUUAACUCUGUUUCUGCGAUGUCGCCGUGUCCACAUUUCGAGCCCAGAAUUCCCGUCUUCCAACAACACAGAUCGUAUCGCACUUCCUCGUCACCGUAAUUAUGCACCAAGUAUUGAUUCUUAUUUUCCGAAACGACUUCCUUGAGAUUGGAACGAAUUGUCUAAUUUGGUUGUUUAUACUACUUCAGCCUUAGUCCCUCCUGUCAGAUGUUACCCUGGAAGUUAGUUAUGUUUUCCUAUACUUCUCCAAAACCGAGUUAGCGAAACGUCUGAACUCCAGAGACAUCAGUCUCAGCGUUUUCAUCACGACUGUCUUGAAAGUGCUUUUAACACUUCCAAUGAUGUACGGGCAAAGAUAACCCAUGUCGCGUCUUGCUACAGCAGGCGCUGUGUCAAUCGGAUGUCUGUGCGUCGACAAAUUGGAGAUCAAUCACAUUAUUUUGACAGAAGACGCCUGCUGUCAGGUGGGUCUGUGUGCUCUCACCCGUCAUCUGUAACUACUGUGUACGACACUGGUAGUUGUGGCCAACGAACCUUAGUGGCUCGGAGUUGCCAAGGUAAGGAAGAACUCUGUCUGCAAGUUGAACGGUGUGUUAGGAACAUUCCUCUCGAUACAGUAUUGAACGGUCUCAACCUGCGGACCCCGGUCGCUUGGAUGCUUAAGAAUAACCCGCCUUUUCGCCUGUCUUUGUUCCUUUUUCAUAAAGUGAUAGGAUGGAAUGAGACGCCAUGUACAACUGGCUCAGACUACUUUCUCACCUCGUUCAAAGUCAGUGAGUUCUCAGCCCGAGUUUCAGCAGAAGCCAAAGCCCCUGGCGUACGAGGCCAGAGCUGUCCUACCCAACGCCUUCUCCCAGAAAAUAAUGCGACUUCAGAUGACAAACCUUGAGUAGGGCGCGACUAUAGGAGACACCUUCAGAGGGCGACGCCUUGGUUACCAGGUUCUUGACCUGAGUGUGCUCUGCGCCUGAACACGGAGCGCCAAAUAGACAGCAAUCGCUGUGGGAUUAGCCUUAAAUCGCAGAUCCUUGGUUGAGCCUGCCAAAGUAAUUCUCAUGGGGGACAUUACAAAUACCAGUAGCAUACUCGAGAGGUGUUGAUGAAAAUCGUCCGCUUUUUUGGACUUCCCUAAGUCAGUUGAUGUGCCAAUUUCGUCUACCGAAUGGUGAUAGAUGCAUCUUCCUGUCCGUUUAGUGGUAUUCUUUGAAUGAAUAAUCUUCGGUAACGCACCAGACCGUGUUCUGGAUAAUCUGCCCACGAGGUCGUCUGAAAACUUGCAGGCCUGUACGUAGAGAAGAAGUAUGCUCUGCCACCCCAUAACCGACUCCUUAUUUUCACCUCUUGUCACUGUAGGUGGCGUUAUACCGUACAACAACUUUUACUUCACUACGGUGACAAACACUGCCAACUACCAGGCGGUGAGAUCGACUGUCAAUCAGAUUCUUGCAACCAACAGCACCGCCUCCGCCGCCGCCGCCACCAACCCCCUCAUCCGCCUGCCAACUGUCAACGUGUCUGCCAUCAGCGGCUUCCAGCUACCUGCUGCCAUACAACAGGCAGCCACCGGCGUCAUAGAUAACAACGAGGCACCCAAGGAACUGAAGCCUGACGGUGAUCCGUCUAUUAAACUGAACCCGAGUGCCGUCAGUCCAAGACGAUUCAUCAACUACGCCAUCGGUGAGUAACUCCUCCCUCCUUUGCCUUUAGCAUUUGCACUCUCCAUCAUUCUCUCUGUACCCAGACUUGCGGUUUUCUUAUUGAUUCUUCUCCUCUAAUUAUUCUUUUGCCCAUCGGCAAACUCUUUUGUGAGAACGUUGACGGACGCUGAAGUUCGAAUAGCGGUAUUAGGCAGAGUCAUGGGUUCAGCAGAUUACUGUGCGUGCCAUGUGUCGUCUCCAGUGGGGCCGAGACUGGGGCAUCCACCCGACCAGCGCAUUCGUCGCCUUAUUAAACCUGACGCGCUAAGUUGGAAGGUCGUCUACAAACGGGGCAGCUUGAUCCUUUUGGUGGUGACCGAGUAUCAUGCAGAAAUGACGCGCUUGUUAUGUGACCACCCGUUGGAGAUCCCAGUCGCGCUUACGGAUGUGGGGACAAGGUCGUGUGUAACACGCUGCUUUCCCUGGUCGGUCGCUGCGUUCGAGCACACCUCCGGUCGCUUUGACAUUGUCCUGCCACGCUUCGGCGACUUCGUGGGCACUAGGAGGACGUCGUUGCUUGCGACACUUUAUGAAAUGAGUCGCCAAUUCUUCACCUCUUACCCACACCUGAACAUUUUCCAUUUUCAGGAUAGGAAAUCAAUUCUUGGACCACCGAUAUUUGCCCCCCGGCGUGUAUUGGGUGCGCCAAAUGAUUGCAACUUUCUGUUUCUUCGCCCGCAGGUUUGGCCAGGUCGCCCAAUUCUGCCCUAACCUACCAGUUCCUCCCCCUUCGGCGCACUGAGGCUGAGCAAAUGACUCUAAAGGCCCUGACCGCCCUCUUCUCCGCAAACAAUGCCUUUGGCAUCUACUCGGAGUCCCCCUUUUUGCGACCCGUCGCCCUCCUGCGGCCUGUACAGUUCGCCUCCCCAGCCAAUGUCCUCUUUCAAUACCCCGAUCCUGAGAACAUGGUCCGUACGUUGCGAGAUCUGGCAGAUCAGAAGGUAACAAGUAUCCCCCUGCUGGCCAUCCUCUCGGGUGCCAAACCGAAUGCCGCCUCCCUGGGUUUUUACACUGACUACCUGACCUACAGUUUCACCCUUGAACUCGACAUCAAUACAAUGCGCUUUCUGGUGGAUCAGUCACGACAACCGAAUAGGUGCGUCUGCGUUUUGUGCCUGUUCAUUUAUUUCCUCAUCAUCGUUGAGCAUCCUACUUUUCUUUUAAAUAAAUCGGUAGCGCAGCUAAAUAGUUACCUAACGACUUAGAAUCUUGCACCAUAGUAGUUUUGAAUCCUACCAGUCCGCAGAGGACUUCUAGGGCAAACAAGAGUAUUUUCCCCCUCUCUUUGAUCACCUCUUGUGGAAGCUUGAAAAGGCCAGAAACUGCCAGUUGAUUACCUUCGAACAUGCUUCUAACAGUUAGACAUAUCGGAAUACAAGUUAGUCAUUGGCAGAGUUAAUUGGAAAACAAUGGGUGCUCAGUCAGUUUAGUAAGAUCAGACUCGCUCAUGCGUUUACUAGGAAGGAAUUCGGAUGAAGAGUCCUGAGAAGGGCUGGAAGGCUAAACUGCUUUUAAAUUUGUAGGAUCGGUUUGGUCAAACUCAUAUUUCUAUUGGCAGAUGGGGCGUUCGUUCUGGUGGGUGUCCUCCCGUACGCUACAUUCUUUGCUACACCUGACGUCAAACAUCCUCGUCGAGUAGUCUUUCGCCACAGCUCCAAAAUGGGGUUUAGCGAUAUUGUUCAUCGUUGUCAAUGUUUUUUUUUAAGUUGCUAAGUGGGUUGUAUUUGCCUCUCCAAACUCCAGUUUAAGUAGCGAGGUGUUUCUACUUUAUAAAGAAGGGCCACGAAUAUAGCGCAAUGUCCCCACACUUUCCGUCGUCAAUGCGAACCUCAUGUUUGUUAUUUUGAAACGCCUUUCCAUGUGGGUGAGCAGCUGUCCUGAGAUCCAAUGAGCAGACACAUUAAAUGCUUCCAUUUAAAAUCGCCUAAACUUUUUUUACUUGCAAAACUACAUUGCGACCCCAACCGUGUAGACUGAGACUCGAGAUGUUUCACGUUUGUAUUAUGUGGGCAUCUCUUACACGUCAAAUCUCAUAAUCAUCGACUGAGUUUGCAUCUCAUUAUAUUUACUCACUAGUUGCAAAGUUGCAAAUCACUGAUCAAACUCUGUUUCCUGACAGUCGCUGGUCGGAUGCGCCGGAUGAGAACGCGUUUCACCGACAACCUUUUAAGCAAUGAAUUCCUUCAACCACUCGUACUUUAACCUAGGCUCCGGUUAACUAUCAAAUAGCUAACCCUUACCCUUCAGAAUGACAUGUUUUCCCUUCGAUAGUUAAACUUGCUGCCUCUUCGUCAGUCUCUUCUGUCUCUUUACUCCAGUCGCGUUGACAAGUACCGUCUCAUUCUUCGACUGGCUUGGGCUACGACUGGACUUUACAUGCCACGUGACAAGUCCAAUCCCUCUCGUGUUCUCGCCUGUGAAGUGCUACCUCGCUGUCUCUCCGUCCGAGUUGCUCGUCGCAAUGUCACCCUUCCCGAUCCCAUCUUUCAUGGCGGCCAGGCACAAAAAUUGGGCCAUCGUCUUCGAUUUGCAAUCGACAUCACUGACAAGGUUGUUUUUAUUUUCCAUCCCGUCCACUGCAUGCCCUGGUUUGUUCAGUUUAAGCAUUCAUAAGUGUGUAGCCUCCUGCUGAUCUGGGGCGUGGGUAAUCAGGAACCACUCGAGUUAGGGUAUCACUCCCGUUUCUUUGUCACAGAAUUCGGUCCUUGGUGGUUCUUUCAGGUACCCGAGAGCAGACACACGGAAUAGGUGAUGAUGAUUAAACAUCAGUCGAGGGUAGAAACAGUUUAUUAGGGUGGAAUGAUUUAUUAUCUGUCUGCGUACUCAUACUGGUAAAGUAAUGCAUUCACAAACAUGAACGAUAAGAGAAUGACGGAAAAGUAGAUAGCUUUUGGACUUAUCAGAUCGUCCAUCGUCAGUUGGGGGUCCGCCCGUGCUCCGAUGCUAUGAUCAAUCUACAAGAAGGUGAUCAUCGAUUAAAAUAAGGCGGGCUUAGUCCUUCAGGUCUGCUGGGUUGAAGAGGGAGAAGAAGAUAUUUUAACCACCGGGAAGAGGGAUGCACUUUCCGGCGUUUCGAAGUCACACUCCGGUUCAUCAUCAGAGAAUAGAAAUUCCACCAAUUCUGUUUUCUGUACCUAGUUGGCAUAGUCCGGUCAGUUGGUGGUUCGGCAUCUGGACGGGUGUAUGUGCGGUCAUCUGCUGGGCACACUUCCUUUUUCGUCGUUGAGGUGUUUUGCGGGACUGUGGGACUAACCUCGCUCGACUGACUGAUAUCAAUACGACAGAGCAGGCACAUUUUACACUUCCCAAUGAUGGAGGAGUUCGAGAUGUCGGAAAAAUGCGCUUUUUUCCUGGUUGAUUGGGUCCUUUUUCUCCAGAAUUGGUUGCUGGGGUGCGGACCUUUGCAUCCUCGGGUCGGAAAGAAAAGCAAAUUACUGGACGUCCCCAUCUCUACUUGCUUUAUCUGAGUAGGGAGGAUUUUCUAUGUGUCCGGCUUAGCGGCUGUGCUGUGCUAUACUACUGGCUGCCUGUUGGCGGUUUGUGAAUAUUAAGCGGUUAUUCCGCAGUAGCUGAUGGUUUUCAGCUCAAAUAUUCAUAUCAAAUUUCGGACCGUGCCUGAAAAGGCCUGUUUCAAAAGAGUUACUCCAAGUUCGCGCAUUAAUUUCCUCGGAAAUUAAGCAAGGUGUUGGGAGUGCCUACACCCAAAAACAAGGGCCAGCCAAUCACCGGAGGCCACGAGCGUUUUCUCUAGCGCGCUGUCUGCAUGAUCGUGGCGCCUCGUCAUUGGCUGCUCCCCUCGAGCCUGAUCGAUCCAUGUAUGCGAGUAAUCGAUCAGCUCGUCAGGCUAAUAAAGGUCUUGUCCCGGCGAUCGUGUCUCCUUCUUCAAGGUAGAGGGUUUCUUUGUUGACACGUAGUGGAAUGCGCCUUCAGUCGUACGUACGCUAGCUGGUCAUCGACUAGUUGUCAUGGUUUACUUGUUGACAGGGCAAUCGGCACAUCCUCUACCAGAUGAGUCGCGUGAACCGCGGUGUUCGGAAGCAAAAUGAAGUUCUGACUCCUGGGUUGUCGAUUUUCCGAUAUCUUGGGUCACGGAUUCGAAGUUUGGAAAGGCAUCAGAGAACUGCGUUGUGCUAACCAAGGCUGCACGUCGUUAGGUUUCAAGCAUCAGGGUCGAGGCGUAUUCUCACAUUCUGUUCUGCGAUUCCAAGUGUCCGUUCGCGAUUGGGAGGCCCGGCUCACCCGCUAUCCACUCCGCACUUUGUUCCUUAAGCAGGCUAUAUGGCGGACCUCCAUCUUUGUGUGGAUUUGCACGUUUGGAUUUUGGAUGUGGCAUCCUUUGGUCGUAUUGUUUGGGUGCUGACGCACUAUUUUCAGGGCGGCAUAUGUUCACUCACCUGCUCCACACAACUGAUUUCAUGCUGUUUUUCUGAAAUGCGUUGGUUUCGCAUGCUUCUUUUAGCGACCCAGACACGGCCUUCAGGCACUUUAAGGGCUAGUUUUUGUAAGCACGUUGUCGGCGCUCUUAAACAUGCCGGUCCCGAUUUUCCUCUUAAACGUGGAUAGGUCGGAGGCCAUGGUACCGGGUUUAUAUGCUCAAUUUUACGAUCGAAUCUUUUUUAGGUGUGCCGGAUAAAACUGGACCAGUGAGAAAAUUGGGUUAACCCUUGAUUGAAGUGUAACUUUUCCGUCGUAUCUGCAAAUGGUGGGUAGCGCAGCUGCCUUCAGGGCACCUGUUCGGCCUGGUGACCUAAAAACGAGUGACUCCCGAACGGCGGCUGGAAUCCACAACUACUCCCCACUUGCGACUACCCUGGCCCCAAUUUAGGGUAUGACUGUUCAGGGAACCACAAAAGGUUAUAAGUUUUACACUUAUAGGUUAAUCGAAGUUGUAUUUAUCAAAACACCCAGUCAACAGCGACAUUUUUACGGUCUGGUUAUGAUCACCUUGCGCCCUUUCAGAUUCCCGUUCGAUCGAACUCAUCGGUUCGCGAUCGGAGUAUUGAAAUCGACUUGACUUGGCUGCACGCCCCUCUGGAGGACCACGCCCUACCUCUGCUUGAAAUGGUCGGUUCCGGGUCCUGCACUCCCAUCCUCAAUCACUUACUCAACCUCCCCCUUAUUCAAGUCACCCUGGACCGUGUCCAGCCCAUACCGGAGUUUGUCCGCAUGUUUUCGUCGGCUGUUGCUGGGAAGCCAGUCACAGACCCUCCACUUGGUUGCAAACCUCCACACUUACCGCCGGAGACCCCAGAAGCUCUUGCGGGGGUGUACGAUUUUUGUAGGUGCUCCGAUCGCGUGAUCGCGGCAUCUGAGACAUUGGUGAGUACUUCUCCGCGCCUUUUUGAUUCGUAAACAUUAUGUCUACUAUCAAAAUAUCAGUACGAAAUAUAGAUGGACGUAAAUAUUAUUCGAGUCCCAGCCAUAUGUUCGAGACUGGUCGAGUGCAGAAACCAUUCGCCUUAUUUGCGGGCUUACGAUCUCGUGCAGAAGUCGAUCGCCAGAGGUGACAGUUGGAACAGAGCACGUAACAGCAAUAGGGUACUUUUAAUUUUCAGGUAUCGUGAUGACUGCAGGACUGUAUGCAGAUGUAGGAUCAAUCUGACCAUUGUUCGAGGUUCUCCUCAGCGGCCCGAACUUCUGUUGACCUCUGGCUAGCAGUGCUGUGUGGAGUUCGGCUUUCUCAGCUUCAGAUACUUAUUACAUGACAUGUUGGAAUCGUGGAAUCCGUUUAUGUUGAAGCUGAAGUGGUUCGAAUACGGAGCAUAUCUUUGCUACCGAAUAGUUUGCCGCCAAUAUCUAAUUCCCGUUUAAUGACGCCAAAAAACAAACCUAGGUCUUCAUUAAAGGGUAGAUCUACCGCCAGUUGUUCCUUUGCUUUGUUUUGACUAUCUGAGUCUGGACAAUUUCUAAAAUUACCAAAUUCGCUUAACUUGUAGCAUUUUCCACUUUUGUCUUAGAUAACAAGGAUUUUGUACUCCUUUCUUAGGCAAUGGUGAAGUCUAAACUGACCUCUGAGGAUGAUUUGCAAUGUGACGAAUGGAUUCCUGUCUCCCUUCUCUGUCCCCUCACUCUCACGCGUAUCGAAGUGAGUCUGGACCUUUUCGUUGGUAAUUUUUCACCUUUAAUGUCAGCGUUCGUAUCUCGACCGCGACCUCUGAAAAGAGUUCACCAAACAAUAGCGAACUGAUAAGAUCGACCGUGGGAACAUGGAUUUUGCCAUAACUCCGAGGGGAGCUAGGCUUAGCGCUGUGGUAAGGAUGGAGAAGAUUAGGGCUUGGACUAUAAGUAUCAGUAUUAGAGUUAGAGCUAGGAGGGUUAAGGCCUGUGUUAGGGUUAGGAUUAACGUUUUGGCAUGGGUAUAGGUACCCUCGGGUGUUUAAUGCGAGACCACUUGUAGUACGGGGGGUCCAUAUUAUCGUACCCGACCGCAGGUGGGUCUCUGGAAAAUGUCAUGGAACUCCCCCAUCUUUCUGUUGAUACUUUUGAACCAUUGAUGUCAGCGUCUGUAUCACGACCGUGACCUUUGGCGCUGCUUUUUGGUAAGGACAAUUUACCACACAGUGUUUUCUUGUGUAAAUGGUAGUUCUCUGGAGAACAUCGUACGGCCUCCUUUUGGUUGUGUUGUAUUAUUUUUUUCAUUUAAAUGUUGGAAUUAAUUAGAUGGCUGUGGUUCGCAUCCUAAAAAACCUCUAACCUUAAUUGCCUACUCUAUUUGAUAAGUUAUGAUACAUGCACGCGAUAGCGAUGGAACCCGACCGCGAAACACCAGCAGCCACUCUUAUUUAGCAGUUUUUGGUGCAAAGCCAGCCUUAAUUGUGUAAAGACGUUAUUUUUUUCCAAUGCCAAUGCGACAUCUUUUAAUAAUGAUAAAACAUGGGCAUUUGACUCGGUUAACCAUCAAACCGAACUAAGAUGCAGCAUUUUGACAGACCAUCUGUAUAUAAGGUAGAUAUGCCGUCUCAUGAAACGUUGACCGAAAUUCCGAAAUGUGUUUCCAAUACCAGAUGACUACUUUGGUAGGGUUGUAGUACUAAUUAUCUUGUGGCCUAAUACAUAGAUAUUUCAGUUACAUCAGGAUGCCGGCUUUCGAACGAACUCCCUAUCGACCGUAAGAAGUGACUUCUUAAGUAGCACGAAUUCUGCCCAUUGAUUUAGUAAAUUCCAACUUACUUUAUGGAAAACAUGCACAGAAAUAUUCCUCCUUCUACUCGUUCGGUAGCAAAUUACUUCUUCAAAUUCUAUACUUGAAUAAAGAGUAUCAUUCGGCCUUAAGAGACUUUCUAAAUUCCCGCAUAAUUUUGAACCCGACCUGCCGUUACAAUUGCAUUCAGGGUUUCCAAGCCACAAACCGUAUACUAUCUGUGUAGGCAAAAUCCUAAAUUUCUAUACAUUAUUAAAAGGAGUUUAUGUAUGACUCAUAAAAUUGUGUAAUUUAUGUGGACCAGGUUGCCCGCUUUAUAAGCAACAUGAAUAAAUAUCCCCAUGCGAUGGUGUACGAUUGUAAAUUUCGCAGUCUCAAGAAAUCUAAUAAGUAUAGACCUUUGAAAUCCUUUUCGCACUUCUGAUGGAACCAGAAUCAAUGGGAUAAAAUCAUGCUACUUAAGCAGUCACAUUAGGGGAUGCAGUUGGCGCAGCCGGUCGAUAAGAAGCUAUUCCAAAAGCUGACAUAACGUGACUGAAAUAUUUUAGCAUUAUGUGACACGAUAAUUAACAUUAAAACCAUACUAAAGCUAUCUUCUGGAAUUGAAAACACAUUUUCGAAUUUAAGUUAGCAUUUCCUGAGAUAGUGCGCUGGUAGAUGUGGACAUUCGACCGUUCGAAUAUGAAUUCGGUGGUAUGAGGAAACAGGGAAGUACAAGCAGUCCCUGGGAAGCGAGCCUCUGGGGAGAAAAACGUACAUCGAAGAUAAGUUGUUCAUCCGAACAACUAAGGCAAAUCCGUUUGCUUCUCGGUCUACGCUGCAUUGACAUUGAACGAAAAAGGCGCGCUACCACCACUUCCUCAAAAAACAUACGGAAAGCCUAAACGGAGUGAGUAAUGAGACGUAUCUAGCGUUCUCUCCUAUGGAGUUUAAGUAUUUGCUUUGACGAAUCAAGAUUCGCCUUGUGACCUCGUGACGGAAGACUGUAUGUUUCACAGUUGUGCGUAACAUGCGUUUUUCUGCUAUGGGCGGUUUCCGAGCUACAGUUGAACCCCGGUCAAGAGUAUGUUAGUCACGAACUAACGGAGGCGGAUAACCUACGUAACUUCUAAAACCUAAGGCGAGCAUUAUUAAGAGCCUGGAACACAAUCUCCCAUGAUUUUAUCAACAGUGUGCUUAUGAGUACGAUAUGUCGUGUUGGUGAAGAGUUAAGAGAAAGAAAUAAUUUCAUACGUCAUUAAAACGACGUCGACUAUCACAUUAUUCCCAUGCAUUUUUCAAGUCCUUUUUUCGUCCGCGGGCACGGUAAGAGCCCUUUUAUGGUCCUAUGUAUGAACCCUGUCUCCCCUGCAGAUCCCUGUGCGCUCAGUGAACUGUGACCAUCUGCAGUGCUUUGAUCUGUCCUCCUAUCUGACGAUUAACAAGAAGCGUCCUCGGUGGUCCUGUCCUGUCUGCAGUUCGCCUGCCCCCUUCCGCGAUCUGCGACGCGAUGAGUAAGUGCCUCUUCCGCGUCCAAUUUCUCUAGUUGGCGCCACAAAUAGCAAGAUUAUUUGUUGUAUCUGCGCGGAUUUGCUUCGAUCCACAAAUAUUACUAGUUAGGAAGGGAGGCCGUAAUGCCCUGUCAUAGCUACUUUGUCAUAACCAUCCAGCCCUAUGUCUGCCGCGGGUCACAUGAGACCGGAAGCUUGCGGCCAGCUUGCCAGCCGUUCAGACGCCUUAUCAAUUGAGUCAUGGACGCAAACUCUUAAAGGAGACUCGGGGAUUUUGGUUGAAACCCGCCCCUUUAGUUAUUUAUUUGCACCUCCCUGCUCCUCGUGUAGGCUUGCUGACGUAGAAUAAUGAAACUCGAAUUUAUUAUGAGCUUAAUGGCAAUGCUGGCUGUGGUGAAACGCCAAACCAAAACAGGUCCUAAGUCGAAUCAAGUUAGUGGAGGAAUCAAAUUAAUCCCUAGUUAUUCAGCAGAUGGCAGACGACGCCAGUUAGCCAUAGGCAAAAACAGAGUAAACAGGAUCCUUCACACAGCCAGCUCAUGGCAGAAGACAUUUGAAUUAUUCUUCACAGGUCAGGAGCAAUCUCGAUGUGCAAGUCAGGCAGAUGACUGCUUGCCGUACUUGUAUUUGUGCUGAAAGCAAUACUGGUCUAGCCUGUUCGAGUCUACAGCAUCACCGAGAUUUUGUACUCCUCAGCGCAUUUAAGAGUGCCCAAGUGGACUGUUUGCCGAUUGCAUUUGCGCCCAACUAAUAUGCUUGCAUUCACGAAUGCAUGUCAAUUGAGAGAAGUGACGUGAAGGAAACUUAUGGCACGUACUUGGUCAUUGCUGAAUGAUCCCGCACACCAAAAAGCUGCUCGCUGUAACCUUUAACUUACUACCUAAUCUUUGACGCCUGGGAAGAAGAAUCGGGUUUAUGCACGAAGUCGAGCAGUACCUCACAAGCCUGAACAUGCUACAGUCUUUCUGAAGGGACAGUGGUAUCAGCUGUCAUAAGUACACAAUUAUGCUGCGGACUCUGCAUUCUCUAUUUUUCCCCUACGUCAUUUAUUUCUUUAAGCUUCUUCGUCCAGCUGAUGGCUGAUCCGAGUCUCAAGGAUGCUGAAAUGGUCCACGUAGAUGCCACUGGACACUGGCGAGAAGCCUCCAAACCCACUGAAAGUGACUCCUCGGCUGCCGUCGUCUCCGCCAAGGAGUCAUCUUCAGGAAUUCUGUCCGACAAUCCGACAACCGCCGCUGUUCCCUCGCUGCCGAACGGGACCACUACGAUGUCACCAUGCAAAUUAGAGUCGAAUUUCUCGUCCAGACCGGUGGUGUCAAAAGAAUCUGAUUUCUCUCAGUUCAAUGACUGUGUCGUUCUCAUUGACGACGAUGACGAUGAUGAUGACGACCGGGAGGGCAGUAAAACGCAACCGGAGCAGCCAACGUUUGCACAUCCCACGUCCUUCAAUGAUUACCGCCUUCCGUCCCUUCCUGCUGCCGUCACUGAUGAGGAGCCGUCAAAGAAAUCGACGUCUUCUCGUGAUGCCCGUGAUACUGCACCAACAGAGUAGGCUGCCUUUGUCCAUCCUUCUUUAAUGACCAACGAGUUUUGCAUUUUCUUCCGCAUGUCUUUUCUUGCGUACAAAGCUAAAGGCGCCGUCGACAAAAGUCCUUCCAAGCGCAGAUAAUGCCAGCCGGUAACUUCUGCAACGACCACGGGCUUUGGCAGUUAGCAGUCUACUGAUUUAGUUUUUAUGUUGGGGCUCGACGGUAUGAUUGUUACAUUUUAGCACUGCUAGCGUUGGACGACACUCACUUUCUGCUUUUGACCACUGCGUUCUAGCCUGUUUGUCGAUCUGACUGCAAGCUCAGACGAGGAAUCCAAUGCGACGGCAUCCACCCCACCGCCUUCCAAUCCCCAACCACCUUCAGCACCUGCGCCAUCGUCAGCUUCUUCCACCACAACAGAGAGCCGCAGUCUCCCGGCGGUGAUUCCGCCCCCUCCCCUCGCGCGCCUCCUCACGGGCGUCGCGCCGCCCGUACCCAUCGCCCCGCGGCCCCUAAACCUCACCAGAAAUGCCACGCAAGCCCCACCUCCCGCUGCUGCCGUCAGCACCACUGGCAAUUCCCCUACCCCACAGUCAUCCCUACAUCCGAGCAAGCUGAACAAAGCUAUUGAUCUGAACUACGAACUCAUAACGACUCUUACCUCGUCCAUGGCCGCCACGACUGCCGCCGCCGCUUCCAAUGCGGCUUACACGAAUGGUUAGCAGUAGGCUCUUUUUAAUUUUCUUUCUGGAGGUGGCCCUAUGCUCUGCUUCCGCAUUACUUCAUUCAGUCCUUGAGGGGCGUUCGGGCAGGUGUCGCUGUCCAUCCGACUCUGACCUUUCAUAACACUUCUCAAUCAUGCUUACUCAUUUCUUCACUUCAGUAGCCAUUGUUCAGUAUCUCUUCUCAACAGGAGCUAUCUGCUGAGUCCGUGCAAUAGUCCACCAUCUCAAAUCGUCGAAUUGUCAGUUUUGUGGUUGGAGACGAUUUGCUACAUAUAUGUGAUGUCAUGGCUGAAGGUAUCGGCGCCUGUCACUAAAAGUGACGAGAGUGGGGCAGUUAUGCUGCACUCUUGACCUCGGUAACGUCUGAGGCGUUAAUUGCUCAUUCGAAGCCUGUGCGCCCUCAUGCAUGUCGCGAAAGGUCAUUCGAAUCCGAUUUUCUGGGGCUUCCACCUGCUGAGCAGGUAAAACCUCGAUCCGACCGAGGUAAGGCUUAUCUCCAGCAAAUAGUUAUAUAGUCGGGCGAGUAAGGCGUUAUCUUAUAACUCAUGGAGAGGGUUGUCGUCUAGGAUUACCGACAAAGACAAGGGAGACUGGAAUGGCCAUUUCUGGCUCAUUAGCUGUCGUAAGCCGGUCGUACCCAACCUCGAAGUGUGUCACACAUGGGGCUCGAUCCCGCGACCUCUAACAACUGAGCCACGGGCUCGUUGUCCCAUUGGCUGAGAUGGGGACUAUGCAAUGGUAGAGGGGGGCUCACCGUCUCUUCGCUUCUACUGGCUCACUCAUCGUUUUUACGGAAUCCACUCGUCUGGUAGCAUCUACAGUAGAUGUGCUAACUCAUGAAAUGUCAACCAAAAUUUCGAAAUGCGUUCUUGAUUCGAAGAGAUAAACUAAGUAGUGAUGUAAAAGUAAUCAAGAUGCAGCAUAAAUCUAUAAUCAUCCAGUUACCACAGGGUGUCGGCUUUCGAAAGAACUUUCUUUCGACUGCAUGUAAGAUCUAUACUUUGCAAACAAUGACUACUUAUGUAGUAUGCAAUUUUCUCAUUGAUUUUUGAUGUCCUUGAAAAUUCAAUUAUAUUUCAUGGAAAACAUGCAUAAAGAUAUUCAUUUUUUUACUUAUUCGAUAGAAAAUCAUGUCUUCUUCCGAUUUCAUACUCAAAAGAAGAGUAUAAUUCUGUUUUAAAAAAACCUUUCUAAUUCCCGAAUAAUUUUGAACCCGACCUGCUGUUAUACGUGCAUUCAGGGUUUCAAAACCACAAGCUGUAUAUUUUCCGUGUACGGAAAACCAUGCAUUUCUCUACAAUGUUAAGAGGAGGCCAUAUGAGGUUCAUAAAAUUAAGCAGUGGAUUUGAACAAUAUUGUUAUCUUUACAAGUCGCAUUCGUAAAUGCAGAUACAUGACGUUUCAUGAACGGCCAUUUAACGGUAUUAAAAAAUCUCACAAUUAGAAACUUUUUUAAAACCGAAUUAUACUCUUCUUUUGAGUAUGAAAAUGGAAGAGGACGUGAUUUUCUACCGAACAAGUAAAAGAAUGAAUAUUUUUAUGCAUGUUUUCCAUGAAAUAUAAUUGCAUUUUUAAGGACAUCGAAAAUCAAUGAGAAAAUUUCAUACUACUUAAGUAGUCAUUUUUUGCAGAGUAUAGAUCUUGCAUGCAGCCGAAAAUAAGUUCUUUCGAAAGCCGACACCCUAAGGUAAUUGGAUCAUAAUAGAUUUAGACUGCAUCAUGAUUAGUUUUACAACCCUACUCAAUUAAUCUUUUCGAAACGAGAACGCAUUCCGAAAUUUUGGUUGACAUUUCAUGAGUUAGCACAUCUACUGUAAAUGCUUCGUUGUACUGUUUUGUUUUCAUUGAAUGCUCCACGCUUUCUAAAGCCCAGUGUACCGUGCAGGGGCCUUUUCGUGUGUGGUACGCGUAGACCGGCUACUCAACGCAUUCAGCUACUUGCAUCCAAUCACAGCAUCAGGCCGCGGCCCGUUCAGACAGCCGACUGAGGCAUAAGAUACGGAAGAGGGAGUGAGGUCGGCGCCGUGAAAUUUAUUCCCACGGCACUUCAGCGCAUUUCUCACCAUAAUCAAUUCGUCCCCCCCCCCUUGAAGCUAACGCGACGUGCUUAAAUUCGCGGCAUCGGAGGCCACCAACUAGCGGGAUUACUUGGUCCGCUCAGGCCUGGAAGCGACGUCCGAUGGCUUUUUCUCCUGAUACUUUGGCUGAGUUUUCGGUUUGCGGGAUGGCCUGAUUUUUAGCAUCUGUCAGAGACCCAGUGUUCUACCUGCUCUGCUGUUUCGUCCCAUAGGUCGCUCUCUAUUUCUGAAUGCUAUGUCUCUGGCAGCCCCCUCUGCCGGCCAGUCCUCGGAUCCGGACCCUGUAGUCACCGCCGACAACCGCACUGCGGUUCAUCCGAACAGUGGCGCUGGCGGCAAUGAUGGCGGCGGCGUUUGCACGGAGCCUUGGAAACGAGGGAAUCUUGAUCAGCAGCCGCGGAUGUCUUCAUCUGGACGCUUCAAAGUCACAGCGAAGCGUCGCUGCCCAUCUCCAUCGUCCACCGCCACCAACAUUGACAGUGGCGCAACCGAUCGACAGGACUCCUCCCAUCCACAUCGCGUGAAACAACGCGUCCGUGUGCGGGGACGUCGGCGUGUUUACACAGGCGGCUCUUCGGGAAGUAAUAGUAGCAGCAGUAGCAGUGAGUCCGUCUCAUCUGACGAGGAGGAUGACGAUCUCUGGACACCAAGCGGUGUCUCGCGGCGUAGCACCACCCGAAGACCCUCUUCUCGUGGUGGCAGUCGAUUUUCCAGAUGA